AUGAUCAAAUUUAUACUCUUGGUGAACAAAGAUGGCCAAAGUCGGCUUUCGAGAUACUAUCACAACAUUCUUGGGGAAGAAAGAGAGAAUCUAGAACGUGAGACUAUUCAGAAAUGCUUACCACGAAGUAAGAAAGAGUGCUCAUUCCUAGAAUAUCAAAACAUGAUGCUUAUCUAUCGACGGUACAUGUCCUUAUUUUUUAUCGUCGGUGUCGAUAGCGAUGAGAAUGAAUUAAGUAUCCUGGAAUUGAUUCAAAAUUUAGUAGAAACCUUUGACCGAUAUUUUAACGAUGUGUCCGAACUAGAUAUUACCAUGAAUGUCGAAAAAGCUUAUAUGAUCCUUGACGAGAUGAUCCUGAACGGUCACAUUAUUGAGACGAGUAAAAAUAGAAUUUUGGCUCCGAUUUACGCUACGGAAAAUAAUUAA